AUGAUGCCGUCGGAGAGCGGAGCUGAGCGCCGGGACGGGGCGGCCUCGGCAGUGGCCAAGGCCGCCUCGGCAGGCGGCGUCCCCGACCCGGAGGCCUCGUCGGCCUCCCCCGGACAGCACCUUAGCGGGCUAACCUGGCCGCAGGUGAAGCGGCUGGACGCGCUCCUGAGCGAGCCGAUUCCCAUUCACGGGCGCGGCAACUUCCCCACGCUGAACGUGCAGCCCCGGCAGAUCGUGCAGGUCGUCCGCAGCAGCCUGGAGGGACAGGGACUGCGUGUGCACAGCGUGAGACUGCACGGCUCGGCCGCCAGCCACGUGCUGCACCCCGAGAGCGGCCUGGGCUACAAGGACUUGGACCUGGUGUUCCGUGUGGACCUGCACAGCGAGGCGUCCUUCCAGCUGACCAAGGAGGUGGUGCUGGCCUGCCUGCUGGACUUCCUGCCGGCCGGUGUGAGCCGGGCCAAGAUCACACCAGUGACCCUCAAGGAGGCCUACGUGCAGAAGCUGGUGAAAGUGUGCAUGGACACAGACCGCUGGAGCCUUAUCUCACUGUCCAACAAGAGCGGCAAGAACGUGGAGCUCAAGUUUGUAAAUUCAGUGAGGCGCCAGUUCGAGUUCAGCGUGGACUCCUUCCAGAUCAUCCUGGACUCCCUGCUGCUCUUUGGCCAGUGCUCAUCCACACCCAUGUCUGAGGCCUUCCACCCGACCGUGACAGGUGAGAGCCUGUACGGGGGCUUUGCUGAGGCCUUGAAGCACCUGCGGCACCGUGUCAUCGCCACGCGCAACCCUGAGGAGAUCCGUGGGGGCGGCCUCCUCAAGUACUGCCACCUCCUGGUGCGGGGCUUUCGGCCUCAGCCCAGCACUGACGUCCGUGCCCUGCAACGUUACAUGUGCUCCCGCUUCUUCAUCGACUUUCCAGACCUGGGGGAGCAGCAGCGCACUCUGGAGCGCUACCUGGAGGCCCACUUCAGUGAGGCUGACGCUGCCCGGCGCUACGCCUGCCUGGUGAUGCUGCACCGGGUGGUCAACGAGAGCGCCGUGUGCCUCAUGAACCACGAACGCCGCCAGACACUAGACCUCAUUGCCAUGCUGGCGCUCCAGGCACUGGCUGAGCAGGGCCCAGCUGCCACCACUGCCCUAGCCUGGCACCCUCCGGGCCCCGAUGGGAUUGUGCCUGCUACUGUCAAUUACUAUGUGACCCCCGUGCAGCCUCUGCUGGCUGGGGCCCACUCCUACCCGACCUGGCUGCCCUGUAACUGA